AUGGCUUCUAAAGACGAUGAAUACGAUUACCUUUUUAAAAUUGUGCUUAUUGGUGACUCCGGCGUCGGAAAGAGCAACCUUCUUUCAAGGUUUACUCGAAACGAGUUUAAUUUAGAAAGCAAAACAACAAUCGGUGUCGAAUUUGCCACCAGGAGCGUCAAAAUCGACGAUAAGGUCAUCAAGGCCCAAAUUUGGGAUACUGCUGGUCAGGAGCGCUACCGUGCUAUUACCUCUGCUUACUACCGUGGGGCCGUUGGAGCUCUUCUGGUAUAUGAUAUUGCCAAAUAUUCUACUUAUGAACACGUCCAUGUCUGGUUGAAAGAAUUGAAGGACAAUGGUGAUCGAAACAUCGUGACAAUGUUGGUAGGAAACAAGUGUGACUUGCGCCAUCUUCGUACCGUUCCGACUCAAGAGGCCAAGGCCUUUGCUGAAAGCGCCCAGCUGCACUUUAUUGAAACAUCCGCACUGGACUCUACUAACGUUGAUGAGGCUUACAUCUUCCUUCUAAAGCAAAUCACGAAGCUCGUAGGAUCCUCUAGUGCCAAUAGCGAUAGCAACGUCCCAUUAGGUGGACGUCCAACAAUUCCGCUGCAAAACACCAGUCAAGAGCCAAAAAAAGCCUGUUGUUCUGGAUUUUAG